AUGAGCAACAACAACGAAGAAGCUUCAGUUUCCGACGUUUCCAAGGUUGAAUCCAUGACUUCUGAGGAGAGAGCGGCACUGAGAAAGAAGAAAUUCACAAAUCAGAAGAGCGAUGACAGCUCCAAUGCUACAGCUUCCUCAUCUUCUAGUGCGUCUGAUCCUUUGACUGACAAGGACCAGAUCCAGAAACGUAAAGAAAGAUUUGCUGCUGACGAAUUGCAAAAGCAAAUAAAUUCCGGACUAGGAAUGGAGCCUCCUGAAAAGAAAAAGAAGGGUACAAAGAGAGGAAUUAAAAAACAAUCAAAAACUGGAGGAAAUACUCGUGGUGGAUAUAGACCUCGUAGAGGAGGAAGAGGACGUGGUGGUAAAAGAAACUAG